UAAUCUCCUCCUGCGGAGGGGGGGGACACACUGGGCUUAUCAGGAUGAGCCUGCCUGUGUGUCCGGGCCCCGGGGUGACCGCUUGUUGGAAUCUCAGAGCGCACAACAGCAGCGGGGAUUCCAAUAGUCAUGGCUCGCUGCCCCCUGUUAGCCCGGGACGAAGUAGACGACGGCGGACGACCAGUCAGUGUAAAUCAGAGCCGCCCCUGCUGCGGACCAGUAAGAGGACAAUCUACACAGCUGGGCGCCCACCCUGGUACAACGAGCAUGGCACUCAGUCCAAGGAGGCGUUUGUAAUAGGUCUGGGAGGCGGCAGUGCCUCUGGUAAGACCACAGUGGCCAGAAUGAUUAUAGAAGCCCUCGAUGUGCCCUGGGUGGUCCUCCUGUCUAUGGACUCCUUCUACAAGGUGCUGACGGAGGAGCAGCAGAUCCUUGCCGCCCGCAACGAGUACAACUUUGACCACCCGGACUCUUUUGACUUUGAGUUGGUCGUUAGUACGCUGAAGAAGCUGAAACAGGGGAAGAGUGUAAAAAUUCCCACCUAUGACUUCACCACUCACAGCCGAACCAAAGACUGGAAAACUCUUUAUGGAGCAAACGUGAUAAUAUUUGAAGGGAUCAUGGCGUUUGCUAAUGCAGAACUUCUAAAGUUGCUAGACAUGAAGAUUUUUGUGGAAACGGACUCUGAUAUCCGUCUGGUACGGAGGCUGAGGAGGGACAUCUCAGAGAGAGGGCGAGAAAUCGAGGGUGUCCUUAAACAGUACCAUACUUUUGUGAAACCGGCCUUUGAUCAACACAUCCAGCCCACCAUGCGUCUAGUAGAUAUUGUGGUACCCAGAGGUAGCGGAAACACAGUGGCCAUUGAUCUGAUUGUACAGCACGUUCACAGCCAGCUGGAAAAGAGGAAACUCCGCUGGGACAUGGCGGCGCUGGCAUCUGCCCACCAAUCACAGCCUCUCCCACGGACGCUGAGCGUUUUGGAGGAGACGCCACAAGUGAACGUCAUGCACACAAUAAUUAGGAACCGGGAGACGAGUCGGGAUGAAUUCAUCUUUUACUCACGGCGACUAAUGAGGCUUCUUAUUGAGUAUGCGCUAUCUUUCCUGCCCUUCAGGAGCUUCACCGUUCAGACCCCGCAAGGACACGAGUAUGAAGGAAGGACGUAUGAUGGGAAACGGAUCACCGGGGUGUCCAUCCUGAGAGCUGGCGAGACGAUGGAACCCGCGUUAAGAGCCGUGUGCAAAGACGUGAGGAUUGGAACCAUCCUUAUUCAGACCAACCCCAGCACUGGAGAGCCUGAGCUGCAUUACCUGCGACUUCCUAAGGACAUCAGUGAGGACCAUGUUAUUCUCAUGGACUGCACGGUGUCUACAGGAGCAGCGGCCAUGAUGGCGGUCCGUGUCUUGCUGGAUCAUGAAGUUCCCGAAGAGAGGAUAUUUCUGCUGUCGCUGCUCAUGGCAGAGCUGGGCGUCCACUCCGUGGCUUAUGCCUUCCCACGUGUGCGCAUCCUAACCACCGCUGUGGACAAAAAAGUCAACGACAUGUUCCGAAUAAUCCCUGGAAUAGGUAAUUUUGGGGACCGUUAUUUUGGCACAGAUGCCCCUGCGGAUUGGAGCGAUGAAGAUGACCCAGCUUGAUUCCCCCCCAAUGUUUGUUCUCCAUCCCUGGUGUCAUUAUCUGACAACUAGAACGAGACUUGCUGCGGUUUUCCAUAGCAACCAGAUUCCAUGUGUCAUUUCCCCGAGAACAGAAGCUGAAAUCUGGUAGCUGCGGAGCACGGCUCUGCUUCUUGUAUUCUGUAUGUUAAGAACCAAGGCGGACUUCAGCUCCAGGCUAAUUCUCCAAAAACACCCAUGUUGUUUUUCUGUUUAAUAUAUAUAUAUAUGUGUAUAAAAAAACAAUAUUUUUAUUCUGCUGGUUCUCCUUCAAAUAGUUCUAUUAUUUAAAAAUAAAUCUUAUUAUACAUAUUACUAUGUGAAAUGUA